CCUCCCGCAGUCUGGCCGCGGCGGCUGACGGAGCCUGGCCUCCAUUUUGCCUCCGCAGCGGCGGUGACCGAGCAGGAGAGGCCGCCUCGGCCAGCAGCUCUUCUUAAAAGCGCAGCCAUGUCUGACUUUGUAGAGAGUGAAGCGGAAGAGUCUGAGGAGGAGUACGAUGAAGACGGAGAAGUUGUUUCCAGACCCCCCAAGAAGUUUGUAGAAGAUGAAGACGAGGAGGAAGAGGAGGAAAACCUUGACGACCAGGAUGAACAAGGGAACCUGAAAGGGUUCAUCAACGAUGAUGACGAUGAAGAGGAAGAGGAGGAGGAAGAGGCCAGCGAUUCAGGAGACUCUGAAGAUGACGUGGGCCGGAAAAAGAGGAAGCGCAACUUUGAUGACCGUCUCGAGGAUGACGACUUUGACCUCAUCGAAGAAAACCUGGGCGUCAAAGUUAAACGACAAAAAUUCAGGCGGGUGCGGAAGAUGUCAGAUGAAGACGAGGAGGAGGAGGAUUACGGAAAGGAGGAGCAUGAGAAGGAAGCCAUUGCCGAGGAAAUCUUCCAGGACGGGGAAGGGGAGGAGCGGGGGGAUGGCCCCGACGGCCCCAUCGCUGCAGCUGAGGAGGAGGAGGAGGAGGACGAAGACGAGUCUGACAUCGAUGACUUUAUUGUGGACGAUGACGGGCAGCCGCUGAAGAAGCCCAAGUGGCGGAAGAAGCUCCCCGGAUACACAGACGCCGCUUUGCAAGAGGCUCAGGAGAUCUUUGGCGUGGACUUCGAUUACGACGAGUUCGAGAAAUACAACGAGUACGACGAGGAGCUGGAGGACGAGUAUGACUACGAGCCCGAAGAAACCGAAGGAGAGAUCCGCGCCCGGCCCAAGAAGACCACCAAGAAGCGGGUCAGUCGCCGCAGCAUUUUCGAGAUGUACGAACCCAGCGAGCUGGAGAGCAGCCACCUGACGGAUCAGGACAACGAGAUCCGGGUGACCGACAUGCCCGAAAGAUUCCAGCUGCGCUCCAUUCCUGUGAAGAACGCCGAAGACGAUGAGUUGGAAGAAGAAGCCGACUGGAUUUACCGGAACGCUUUUGCCAUGCCUACGAUCUCUCUGCAGGAGAGUUCUGACUACUUGGACCGCGGUCAGACGAGCAGCAGCUUCAACCGCAAGGGCCCCAGCACCAUCCAGAAGAUCAAGGAAGCCCUAAACUUCAUGAGGAACCAGCACUUUGAGGUGCCCUUCAUUGCUUUCUACCGGAAGGAGUACGUGGAGCCGGAGCUGCACAUCAACGACCUGUGGCGGGUCUGGCAGUGGGACGAGAAGUGGACCCAGCUGAAGAUCCGUAAGCAGAACUUGACCCGGCUCUUUGAGAAGAUGCAGGCCUACCAGUACGAGCAGAUCUCUGCUGAUCCUGACAAACCUCUGGCUGAUGGGAUCCGUGCCCUGGACACCACUGACAUGGAGAGGCUGAAGGACGUGCAGUCGAUGGAUGAGCUGAAGGACGUCUACAACCACUUCUUGCUGUACUAUGGCCGAGACAUCCCCAAGAUGCAGAACGCGGCCAAAGCCAGCCGCAAGAAGCACAAGCGCGUCCGUGAGGACGGCGAAGAGGCGGAAGGCGAGGGAGAGGAUGCAGAAGACGAGGAGCAGAAGGGGCCGGAGCUCAAGCAGGCGUCCCGGCGGGACAUGUAUACCAUCUGCCAAGCGGCCGGCCUUGACGGCCUCGCAAAGAAGUUUGGCCUGACGCCAGAGCAGUUUGGCGAAAACCUACGUGACAGUUACCAGCGCCACGAGACCGAGCAGUUCCCGGCAGAGCCGGCGGAGCUGGCCAAGGAUUACGUCUGCAGCCAGUUCCCCACCCCGGAGGCUGUGCUGGAAGGGGCCUGCUACAUGGUGGCCCUGCAGAUCGCCCGCGAGCCCUUGGUCCGGCAGGUGCUGCGCCAGACCUUCCAGGAGAGGGCCAAGAUCAACGUCUCCCCGACCAAGAAGGGCAAGAAGGAUGUGGACGAGGCCCAUUACGCCUACUCCUUCAAGUACCUGAAGAACAAGCCGGUGAAGGAGCUCCGUGACGACCAGUUUCUGAAGAUCUGCCUGGCCAAAGACGAGGGCCUCCUCACUGUCGACAUCUGCAUCGACAUGAAGGGGGUGGAGGGCUACGGCAACGACCAGACCUACUUCGAGGAGAUCAAGCAGUUCUACUACCGCGACGAGUUCAGCCACCAGGUGCAGGAGUGGAACCGUCAGCGCACGCUGGCCAUCGAGCGGGCCCUCAACCAGUUCCUCUAUGCCCAGAUGGCCAAGGAGCUGAAGAACAAGCUCUUGGUGGAAGCCAAGGAGUUUGUCAUCAAGUCUUGCAGCCGGAAGCUCUACAACUGGCUCAAGGUGUCGCCGUACCGCCCGGACCAGCAGGUGGAAGAAGACGACGACUUCAUGGACGAAAACCAGGGCAAGGGGAUCCGGGUGCUGGGUGUCGCCUUCUCCUCGGCCAGAGACCACCCUGUCUUCUGCGCCCUGGUGAACGGGGAAGGCGAGGUCACGGACUUCCUGCGGCUGCCGCAUUUCACCAAGCGGAGGAACGCUUGGCGAGAGGAGGAGAGGGAGAAGAAGGCUCAGGAUAUCGAAACCCUGAAGAAAUUCCUGCUCAGCAAGAAACCUCACGUGGUCACGAUUGCAGGGGAGAACAGGGAUGCCCAGAUGCUGAUGGAGGAUGUGAAGCGCAUCGCCCAUGAACUGGACCAAGGGCAGCAGCUCUCGGCCAUCGGGGUGGAGCUGGUGGACAACGAACUGGCCACACUUUACAUGAACAGCAAGAAAUCCGAGAACGAGUUCCGGGACUAUCCCCCUGUGCUGCGCCAAGCCGUCUCCCUCGCUCGCCGCAUCCAGGACCCGCUGAUCGAGUUCGCCCAGGUGUGCAGCUCCGAUGAGGACAUCCUGUGUCUCAAGUUCCACCCGCUGCAGGAGCACGUGGGGAAAGAAGACCUGCUGAACGCCCUCUACUGUGAGUUCAUCAACCGCGUGAACGAGGUGGGCGUGGACGUCAACCGUGCCAUCGCUCACCCGCACAGCCAGGCUCUCCUGCAGUACGUCUGUGGCCUGGGACCCCGCAAGGGCACUCACCUGCUCAAGAUCCUGAAGCAAAACAACACCCGUCUGGAGAACCGGACGCAGCUCGUCACCAUGUGCCACAUGGGACCGAAAGUCUUCAUCAACUGUGCCGGGUUCAUCAAGAUAGACACGGCCUCGCUGGGCGACAGCACGGAUUCCUACAUCGAGGUCCUGGAUGGAUCCAGGGUUCACCCAGAGACCUACGAAUGGGCUCGGAAAAUGGCCGUCGAUGCCCUGGAGUACGACGAGUCUGCCGAAGACGCCAACCCCGCUGGCGCCCUGGAGGAGAUCCUGGAAAACCCGGAGCGGCUGAAGGACCUGGAUCUUGACGCCUUUGCUGAGGAGCUGGAGAGACAGGGCUAUGGCGACAAACACAUCACCUUGUACGACAUCCGGGCCGAGUUGAGCUGCCGCUACAAAGACCUGAGGAGCCCGUACCGCUCUCCCAACUCGGAGGAGGUUUUCAACAUGCUGACCAAAGAAACCCCCGAGACGUUCUACAUAGGUAAACUGAUCAUCUGCAACGUGACGGGAAUCGCCCACCGGCGGCCCCAGGGGGAAAGCUACGACCAGGCGAUCCGGAACGACGAGACCGGCCUGUGGCAAUGCCCCUUCUGUCAGCAGGACAACUUCCCAGAGCUGAGCGAGGUAUGGAACCACUUCGACAGCGGCUCCUGCCCCGGCCAGGCCAUCGGGGUGAAGACGCGGCUGGAUAACGGGGUCACAGGCUUCAUCCCGACUAAAUUCCUCAGUGACAAAGUGGUCAAACGGCCCGAGGAGAGGGUCAAGGUGGGAAUGACUGUCCACUGCAGGAUCAUGAAGAUCGACAUCGAGAAGUUCAGCGCGGACUUGACCUGCCGGACGUCGGACCUGAUGGACAAGAGCAACGAGUGGAAGCUGCCCAAGGACACCUACUACGACUUCGACGCCGAAGCGGGUGACCACAAGCACGAGGAGGAGCUGAAGCGGAAGCAGCAGCGCACCACCUACAUCAAGCGCGUGAUCGCCCACCCCUCCUUCCACAACAUCAACUUCAAGCAGGCCGAGAAGAUGAUGGAGACAAUGGACCAGGGGGACGUUGUCAUCCGGCCCAGCAGCAAAGGGGAGAACCACCUGACGGUCACCUGGAAGGUGUCCGACCACAUCUACCAGCACGUGGACGUGCGCGAGGAGGGCAAAGAGAACGCCUUCAGCCUGGGCUCCACCCUCUGGAUCAACACCGAAGAGUUCGAGGACCUGGAUGAGAUCGUUGCCCGCUACGUCCAGCCGAUGGCGUCUUUCGCAAGGGAUCUGCUCUGCCACAAGUACUACCAGGACUGCAACGGAGGAGACAGGAAGAAACUGGAAGAGCUGCUGAUCAAAACCAAGAAGGAGAAGCCCACCUUCAUCCCCUACUUCGUCUGCGCCUGCAAAGAACUUCCUGGCAAAUUCCUACUGGGGUACCAGCCGCGAGGCAAGCCGAGGAUUGAGUACGUGACGGUGACGCCCGAAGGUUUCCGCUAUCGCAACCACAUCUUCCCCACGGUCAAUGGGCUCUUCCGGUGGUUUAAGGAUCACUACCAGGACCCUGUGCCAGGGGUCACUCCCAGCAGUAGCAGCAGGACCAGGACUCCUGCUUCUAUCAACGCCACGCCUGCGAAUAUCAACCUGGCCGAUCUGACCCGUGCUGUCAACGCCCUGCCGCAGAACAUGACCUCGCAGAUGUUCAGCGCCAUCGCUGCCGUGACGGGGCAGGGGCAGAACGCCAACGCCACCCCUGCCCAGUGGGCCUCCAGUCAGUACGGCUACGGGGGCAGCGGCGGAGGCAGCAGCGCUUACCAUGUCUUCACGACGCCUGCCCAGCAGCCGGUGGCCACCCCGCUCCUGACCCCCAGCUACUCCUACACCACCCCCAGCCAGCCAAUCACAACACCCCAGUACCACCAGCUCCAGGCCAGCGCCACGCCCCAGUCCGCCCCGACGCAGCCCCCGUCGCAGCCUUCCUCCUCCAGUUCCGGACCGAGGCAGCAGCCCAAGUCCAGCUCCCACACCGCCAUCGAUUGGGGCAAGAUGGCCGAGCAGUGGCUGCAGGAGAAGGAGGCUGAGCGCCGGAAGCAGAAGCAGCGGCUGACGCCCCGCCCCUCUCCCAGCCCCAUGAUCGAGAGCACCCCCAUGUCCGUCGCCGGAGACGCCACGCCGCUGCUGGACGAGAUGGAUCGGUAGUCCUGCCCCGUCUCCCGCCGGAGGGGGCAGCGCCGACAGAGACGCCGGGCCCCUCUCCUCCGCCCUCUUGCUCCGCAACCCGUUUUUGGUUUCCUUUCCAUUGAGUGGCAAAGGCCGGCCAGGGACGCUGGGCUGUGUGCCCCUCAGCGGCCUGGAGGCCCCUGUAUAUACUGGCAACGCCGCUGGCCUUUGCAGCCGGCGGGGGCAGCCUUCAGACUGGCCGGAUCCGGCGUGGGUUGCUCGGCGCGUCUCUCUCACGCCUGGCUGUUGGGUGAGCAGCCUCCCCUCGAGAGGGAAGCUCCCUUCCUGAUCGCCCCGAAUCCUGGCUGCUGCCUGGCCGCAAAAAUAAAAAUGCAAGGGCCGGGCUGCGGGAGAGGAUUCUGCCAGCAACUGGGCCAGAGAGCGCCUUUCUCUGUGUGUGUGUGUCCGUGCGUGUCUGUCUGUCCCUCUGUCUCCCUUUCUCUGGCUGCUCUCUGCUCCACGGCUGUGUUGUUCGUACAAAGGGCUGUGCACCGUGAGGCCCUCCGGCACGCUGCCGGUUUCCGGCUGGAAGCGAGCGUCGCCUUCGCCAUCAGCUCACUUUCUCUGGCACCCUCCAAGACAAUAUUUAUUCAGUUGUAUUACUUUAAGAGGAGGAGGAGGAGGAGAGAGAAAAGGGGGCUGCAAAGCCGACCCCCAGCAACGGCAGCUUUUGUGAGCCGGCUGUGAAGUGCUGUGAGAACCUCUCGCAGUUGCGGUGGCUUGAAUACCAAGUAGCACGUUCCCCCCCCCCCCCGCACCCCCCUUUCCCGCCGCCCACUUAUAACAGCAACGAGGGAAUAAAUAGCGUUUCUACUGAA